UCCGUCUGAGUAAUUCAUUCUAGGAGGUCUAAUCCGUGAGCAAUACGAUUUCCUUUUUCGGUAAUAAGUGAAGUUUGGUUGUGGGAUGGUAAUAUCGCUGUAGUGUAAGGAUUUGUUGUUUUCGCUGAAGAGUGAAUGGUAUAGUUUUACAUGUCUGUAUGGGCAAUAAACAAGUCACAAUGCAUGCCUUGUUCCUGUUCAUCCUGUUAGUUCCUUUAGUUCAGGCACAGGGGGAGAAGAAACAUAUUAGUCAAGAUCCUUGUGCUCCAAAAACAACAUGUCAUGAAUGUAUCCAGACUCCCACAUGUGCUUGGUGCUCUGAACCUUGGGAUAUGACUGACAGGCAAUAUCUGGAGCGGAAACGUUGCUUCUUGCCAAGUAUUAAUGUGGAUCAACAUUUUCAGUGUAGUGCUGCUUUUAUUGUGAACCCAAGCAACAAUUAUACCCUUCUUCAGUACAAUGCACUUACUAAUGCAAGUGCAAGCAGGAAGACAUCUCUCAGUAGCUAUAACCGUACCACCAGUUCUCAUAGCCAUGAAGCUGUACAGAUCUACCCUCAGCGAGUUUCACUUAAACUGAGAAUCAAUGAAGCAUUUCGAUUCACUGUCAGCUACUCGCAAGCCCAAGAUUACCCAGUAGAUUUGUACUACCUUAUGGAUUUGUCGAAGUCAAUGGAGGAUGACAAAGAGAAGCUGUCUGUCUUGGGAGAUCUUCUUGUUGAGAGUAUGCAGAAGAUAACAUCUGAUUUCAGGCUUGGAUUUGGGAGCUUUGUUGACAAAGUUGUUAUGCCCUAUGUCAGCACUGUUCCAAAGAAUCUGAUCGAACCGUGCACGGGGUGUGCUGCUCCAUAUGGGUUUCGCAAUAUCAUGUCACUUAGUAACAACGCAAAUAGAUUCUCUGGUGAGGUACGGCGAGCAGCUGUGUCCGGCAACUUGGAUGCUCCUGAAGGUGGUUUUGAUGCUAUUAUGCAGGCUGUGGUCUGUCGAGAGAAGAUCGGCUGGAGAGAGAAAGCCAGAAGAUUAUUGGUCUUCUCAACUGAUGCUGGUUUUCAUUAUGCUGGAGAUGGAAAGCUUGGUGGUAUUGUUAAACCCAAUGAUGGAGAAUGCCAUCUGGAUACAGUUGGAGAAUACACUCACUCAAAACUACAGGACUAUCCAUCGAUAUCACAAGUGAACCUUAAGGUGCGCCAGAAUGCUAUCAAUGUAAUAUUCGCUGUGACAGCUGAACAGAUUGGCGUUUACGAUCGCCUGAAGGAUAAUGUUGAAGGAGCUUCUUCAGGAAUGCUGUCAAAUGACUCGUCCAAUGUAGUGGAUCUAGUACGAGAGCAGUAUGAUAAAAUUUCUUCCUCUGUCGAGAUGAAGGACAAUGCAACAACAGAUGCAGUUAAGGUGACGUACUAUUCUGCCUGUAAAGGCAGUGGGCCAGCAAUUCAGACAAACAAAUGUGAUGGUUUGAAGGUUGGUGAUGUGGUCAAGUUUGAGGCAGAGGUUGAAGUUACAAAUUGUCCAUCAGAUCCCAAGAAAUGGAAGCAGAUCUUCAAAAUUUAUCCAGUUGGUAUUAAUGAAUCUCUCAUUGUUGAUUUGGAGAUGCUUUGCAGCUGUCCUUGUGAACAGGAGGGUGAUCCGUGGUUUAAAAGGAAGGCUGAACAGUGCUCUAAGUUUGGCACAUACAAGUGUGGCAUUUGUGAAUGUGAUAAGACACAUUUUGGACGGACCUGUGAAUGUGAUAGUGAUAACAUUAAUGGAGCUACAGGACUUCCUGUAGGUGGUUGCCGACCUGACAACACAUCUGUUGUAGAUUGUUCAGGGCGAGGUACCUGUGUGUGUGGAGUCUGUGAAUGUGAGACAAGAGAGAAUCCUGAAGAGGUGAUUUCAGGCCCAUUUUGUGAGUGUGACAACUUCUCCUGUGACUAUGCAAAUGGUUUGCUGUGUUCUGGUUCAGACCAUGGCACUUGCAUAUGUGGCAAGUGCCAGUGCAAACCAGACUGGACUGGAGAUGCAUGUGAUUGUCGAGCUUCUAGCAUCACCUGUAUCCCGCCAGGUGGUGGAGAAAUCUGCUCGGGCAAUGGAGACUGCAAUUGUGGGGCGUGUGAAUGUUAUGAGGGAAAGGAAGGACGUUACACCGGAAAAUUCUGUGAGAAGCUUCCAAGCACCUCUGGAAGAUGUCUGGAGUUUAAAGAGUGUGUACAGUGCCAGAUGUACAAGACUGGGUCUCUGACUGCAGAGGAAUGUUUAGCCAAUUGUACUUUUACACCUAGCUCAGUUGAUGUCAUUGAAGUUCAUGAAGAGGCAGGAGAAGUGUUGUGCGCUUAUUACGAUGAAGAAGAUUGCCGUUUUUCAUAUGUGUACACAUACUCUGAUAAUAAUACACUCAUAGUAAGAGCGCAGGAGAAGCGUGAAUGUCCUCCAGAAAUAUAUGUUCUUGGCAUUGUGCUGGGAGUUAUCGGUGCCAUUGUACUGAUUGGAUUGGCUCUGUUACUGCUGUGGAAACUACUGACAACUAUUCACGACCGUCGUGAAUUUGCCAAGUUUGAGAAAGAACGCAUGAUGGCGAAGUGGGAUACAGGUGAAAAUCCAAUUUACAAGCAAGCAACAUCUACCUUCAAGAACCCAACAUACGCUGGAAAAUGAUUGCAAGAAAGGUGAUACUUUGUGACAUUGUUGGUUCAGCAAUCUGAAGAAUUUAACUCUUUACUCCCAGGUGCAUAAGCUGAGGCUCCAAGGGUAGUUUACUAGAAUUUCACAAAAAUACUGUACUGUAAAGUCAGCUGUAAACAUAAAUGAAAAGAUAAUGAAAAUAAUAGCCAUCGAGUGUUAAAAUAUUGAAUAUGGUUUCAAACAUCAAAAGGAAAGCUUUUUGGAAGAAAAAAAAUCUGUAAUUUAAGCCAGUGCUGGUGGUUCGGUAAGUUAGGAACUGCUGAAAGUCAGGCACUUUGGAACAUGAGGGUUAAAGAGCAACUCUUGAGGCUGUGGUGGACUGUAUUUCAGGCUAUGACAAUUCAUAUAAAGAAUAUUUGUGUCUUUAUGUGACAGACACAAGCAGUAUGCCAAAAAUGUUGUUGGUUGCUUAAUAUAUUUAUGGUGGUAUAUGUUCACAUUUGGUAUUAUUCCUCUUGCUCACUGUGCACUACGGUACUGCGUCUAACAGAUAAACUGCUGUUCUUUCAUUUCACUCAAAAACUUUAUGUUAGAGCAGAAGGUAGUAAUGCUACAUCAUUGCUCUUUUUAACACUUUGAGGACUGACUAAUUUGUUGUCGGUCUGUAUGUAUCUCCGAAAUACAUUUUAAAAAAGUGUUUAACAAAUAAAAACAUAACUUCUAAACUAAUCCACAUGCCUCAGUGGUUUAAAAGGCUGGAGGAUAGAGGAAUAUCCAGCAGAUAUUUAGCACUGUUUACAAAUCACCAGUUUAUCACCACUGGUACUAAAACAUGACUUGUUUUUCUUUGCACAAUGUGGUUUGUAAACAGGUAAUCUAAUAAUAACUAAAACAUUCUGACUAAUAUCGUUAUUAUCACUUAACACGGUCACUGCCACCAAAGUUAUUUAUUUGUGUACCAGAUUGAAAACUCUCUUCAAAUAAUGCUCUUGUUUUUAUGAAGGAAUGGGAAUAAAAUUUAUGGUCCUCGAAGUUUUAACACUAUCUAAUGUGUAUUCCAGCCAGUGGCACAGAAGAUAGUGCAAUGUUUCACCCUCUUUUGUUUUGUUAUAACCUGUUGUUACUUGGUUCAGCUUUUCAGUAUGAUUUAUUUUAACUGUUUCACCUUAGUAAUGAAAACCACAGAUUUCAGAAACUUUGAUAAGGCUAUAACAAAUACUACCUUGUGUCCAUAAUUCUGUAUAAGCAAGCGAGAAUACAUACUGUUUGUUAUUUUGAAACACUUGCAAGUUAGGAGAAAUUAUGUUUUGUGUCGCGUACAAUAUUUGGAGUCUUGGCCAUUGUCAGAAUGAGAAUGGUCUAUUGUUUUGUGGCACAGUAACUGUAGAAUUCCUCCUGUGGUUGGUAGCAAUUAGAAGAGGUUCUGCUGCAAGUGUACGGUAGGUACAGUGACCACUACGCAUGGGGUCAACAUAUCGCUAAACAGUUACCUGUCAGAGUUAAGGUGUGGCCAGCAGUCCUGUAGGAUGGAUGUUUAGUAUCAGUUAAUGUCUGGUUUUCAUGUUGAUCUAAUAACCCCAGCUUUCUGGCUUACAUGUAAAGAAAAGUAUGUUGUGCUUGGCAUGGGUAUACCACUGAAACAUGUAACCCUGUGGAGUGCCAUUUAUAUAUAGGACUACUGAUGUGGUUAGCAUGAUCAUUUUAGUUCAGUGGUAUGUGUUCCUUGUUGGAAAUAGAGUUAUGUAUAAGGCUUGAAAAAUACAGGUAACUACUCACCUGAGGUAGGUUGAUACUGCAAGCUUGUGAACAGAUGUCACAAUAGUCAUUUAUAUUGACUGGCUUUGUUACAGAACUGAUCUUUUUCUUUUAAAUACUACUUUCAUUGUAUAGGGCUUGAAAAAAUUAUGGGUACCUGCUCACCGGUGAUAAGUCAGUAUUUCACAAAAGGCUUUUGGGGUGGCAAAUGAAUUUAUAGUUUUGUGAAUAGGACUUGGCAUAAUUUUUCAAGCCCUAGUUAUAUAUGUGCCUGCACCCAGCGCUCAGCUUAAGGAAGUGAUAAAUAAUACUUCAUGACUGUCUUUUGUAUGUUGCAGCAUGUUAUAGGUAUGUGGAUUUCUGCUGCUGUUUGUGUGCACAGGUGAAAUAAGGGUCAGCAGGUGUGAUCAAUGCAUUGUACAUUAUUUAUAGAUCUCCUUAAGGCAGAUUAUAGUUUUAUUUCUGUGCAUACUUAUUUAGAAUAGUUGCAACUUAAGUAGAAAGUGAAUUGUAGUGAUUCUCCCAUAAACUCAAUUUUAGGUGUAUUGUCGAAGCCAGUUUAUGCUUAUUGUUUAACUAAAAGUUUUAACUAAAGCUUGGUUUCAUGCCAUAUUAAGUAAUUUUCAAGAAUCUGUUUAUGUUGUACAUUCUUGAAAUAAUUUAAAUUUUUACUAGCUAGUUUUUAUUUAACAUUUUGAUUGGAUAUUGUGUGAUGUAUGUAUGAAUGAAUGAAUGAAUGAAACUGUAAAAAGCAAAGGCAAUUAUUUUUUGGUAGUAUUUAAUGUAUUAUACAAAUAUUUUGUAUGUUUUUAUAAAGGUGUAAUGCUGACAUUGAUUCUCCAGUGCCUAACAGUUUUGUGAAGAUCAAAACUAACAGUUUUUAUUAUUAUUGGUGCAUUUCCAGUAUUUGUUGAUUGGUAUACACAAGAACUCUCAUAUGUUAAUGGGAUCUGAUAAAAGUAAAUAAGGAUUUGAAAAGAGACCUAAACAGCCUACAGCAGUACUAGUAUUAUGCAUGUGAAGUGUGUAGUUCUAAAUCACAAGUAGUUAAAAAAGCACAUGGAGAUAUAUGACUAAAUGGCGGGUAAUGACUCGAUAACUUUCUCGAUUAAAUGAGGAUAAGAAGGAUUUUGGAGCAAAGAUUUUUGUGCAGACUUCAGUAUAGUACAUACUAUUAAAAAAAAUAAUACGUAAUAUUUGGCCUGGAAUAAUAAUAGGUAUUAACUGAAGCAUCAGUCAGCACAUUACGGUUCUGCCACGUGCUCCUUUUAUAAAAUAUUGAGUGUGGUAGAGUCAGUAGCUCAUGGAGAAAAAUGUUAUAUUCUAUGUGGAAAUUGUGUGACCCUGUGGCUGGAUUACAAAUUUUUGAAUGAUGGAAUGGGAUUAAGAUGAGUUUGAUGGUGGUUAAGGGGGAUUGCAGCUGUGUUGUGAAUGUUAAAAUAAGUAGAAGUUGAUAUUGUUUUAAAUUUCCUUAGAAUGACACAAUAAAUCUCUCACCGUGAUGCCUAUCUUUUGGGGAGGGGGGGGGGGCUGGUAUUUUAACUUUUGGCCCAUAUAAUUGCAGUUUCAAUGUGCAGGUUGCAGCUUCAGAGUCUUUCAGUCACAAUAAUAUAUGCCUCACUGAUUAGCAUAACCAGUGAUUUACAAUUAGUCAGCCAAUUUUUUGCAUGUGUAUUAUAGAGUUUUCUAUAUUAUUGAUUAUUUGUAAAUGCCUUGUUGCAGGAAUAUUUUGAAAAGCGCUUUGUACGUGGGCUCUGUUUUUAUCAAGAAGUUAAAACUUAUUUAAUUUUAUUAUGUGUAACACUUGGAUAAUACUGGACCUGCAGGUAUAACUAUUCAGUUGUUGCAUGAAUUAAUAUGAAAUUGAUGUAAAAAAUGUAUUUUAAAACAGCUGUUUAUAUGUAGUACAUUACUUUUUUUGCCUUGCCUUCUUACUUUUUAGAGUUGGCUUCUUAGUGAAUAGAAAAUUUGUUGAAGCCUAACUAAUUGAUUUGGGAAAUGCCUAUUAAGAAGUGAAGUGAGAGUGUUACAUGUACUGCAUUUCAGACACUUUUAAAAACAUGGAUAGUGCCUUUUCAUUUCAUGCCUUUCCAAGAGCUGUUCACAUCUGUAGGCAACCUUCUUUCAAGUUAAAUAUUAAUUAAUACAUUUUGUGAAUGCAGACCAUGCGGUGAUGCACUCUGUAUAAGACAUUAUAUACUGUGGCAGUAAUUUCUCUUACUUUCCUUCAGAAAGAUUGCACUUUGAGAGCACAAAGGCUGUAAUAUAAUUUUGUAUGCCAACCAGUGGUUUUGUUUAUCUCCUAGUGUUUUUACACAUUAAGUAUCAAGUUUUCCCACCAAAGCUCCAUACGUUGUAAGAUAUGGUAUAUGUUAACAAAAUUUUGUUGGGUCAGUGAUAUUGCACAUUUAGAGAUCUCCACAGCCGGUAAAUUUUGUGAAACAGUGAUAACUGAAAACGUCUUCAUCAUAGAUUUCAAAUUAUUAAACAGUGAAAAUUUUAAUGCUCAGUUUUAAUUGUGUUAAGAGCUUGACAUACAGCUACAUGUUUGUGUCUAAUCAUGUGCUUACAGAAUAUGAAACACUGAACUUUUUCAUAAUUGUUGAUAUUACGAAUUCUGAAAACCCUGUAACUACUUUAUAAAUUAGAACUAUUCUAAGAAGUGUUGCCUUAAUGUGCUGUGGCUCUCCUUACCUGUAUUCCAGAUUGUUCAGAGACCCAUAGAAAGAAAUGUUUUUUAAUUAUUUAAUAGUCAAAGAAGUUUUGUGUGUAGGUGUUUCCAAAGGUGUGAAUCUGAUACUCUUUUUUCAUGAGUAAACUAACUGCAGUUCCCCAGUGGUUGGUGUAUAUUUUUAAUAAGGUGAACUUGUGUAACAAGUUGGCCCUAAUUUUAAGUCAGUGUGUAUGUACAAUAUGUGGAAUUUAAUACAAACAUGAGUUUCAUGUGAUAUUUAACUGCCAUUAUAAUUAUGUAUUCAGUUUCAGGCACUGUGUUAAAAGGUAAAAUUAUUUAACACAUUCACUGCCAAAAUUAAAUCAAAUUGUUUUGUAGGAUAUGCUUUAUUCAAUAGUGCCAACAUUGAUGUAAGUUGAUUAACUUGCCUCUCUUUACAAUGUGAAUAAGAUUGUGGAAGAUUGCAUCAUGAAUGGAGUUUGCUUAAUGUAUCAUUUGGACAAUGGGGGUUUAUCAAAUACCUGCUGUUUUAUUCUUUUUUGUAUUUUUAUUUUAUCCAUUACUUGUUCACUUUUGUUUAGUUUACAUGGUAACGUGGCAGCUCACAGUAAUUGUUCUUUGUAUGAGUCCGCAGCUGGCAUCUGGCCUUAAGUGCCUUUGAGGGUGUUUGAGUUCCAUGAAAGUGUGAGAAAGUAAAAGCACUAACAAAUUUAAAAAAAUGGCAGAAAUUGGAAAUGAGUCAAAAUUAUUUCUCUGAAAUCGCAAAAUGUCUUAUUUUUUCAACAGUGGUAAACCCCCUACCACGGUCUUGUAAGCCCCAGCUUUAUAAGUAAUACCUGAAUUUAAAUACCUGGCAGUGAAUGUGUUUGUCAUUUACAUUUAUCUUUUUAUAUAACAUUGUGAUGAAACAUUUUCUGUACUUCAAGCAUAUUCAGUUAGGAUUCAGUUUUACUAACAAAAUAAUUACACUUUGUUCUAAGUUUUACCUCAUUCAUGGUGAGGAUUAAUUUUAUUAAUUGUCCUGUUUUGUUACUAAUGCAAAUAUGUUUUAUUUAUACUUGAUUUUUGCAUGUUUUCAGUCUACAGUAAAUAUUGAAAUUCCAGUUCAAAAAAGUGUGCAAUGUUUAUGAUAUGAUCUGUGGUUUCUCAGUAGAAUUUGAUUACAGCUAACUUCAGUUAUUGUUUCCAUGUAUCACCCUCACCUUUGAGCAUUCUUAUUCAGCUAAGGAUAUGGUGAAACAUGUCUGUUUGAAUUUUGGCUGACCUGUUUCAUCAUGUAGAUAGCUGUCAUCUGAGUUGUAGCACCAUUUAGUCUGGUAGUUUACCAACGUUUCAGAUGUCACUGCUGCCUCCAUGAUUAGGGUGAUUGCUGUUCCACCACACUAUGUGGUGCUACAACCCAGAAGACAGCCAUCUUCAUACUCACUGCCAUGAGAACCUCUAAUCCUAUCUGUUUUAUUGUGUUCCACAUAUCCUAAAUUGAGUAUUUAAUAUUAAUUGUGAGACAUCCACAUUUUCUUAAGAUUGUUUGUGUUCCCUCCCCUGCCCCCUUUUGUAUCAUUUCCUGGUUCUUUCCUCAGUUAUUUGUUAAUUUUACACAUGUUGAGCAUUUUUCAUUUCCGCAUGUGAUCUUUGAACUCCGAAACAUAUACAUGACAUUGUGUGGUGCUGAAAUAAACUUACCUUGUCUCAUGAUGAA